CUCUGUCUCUCUCAUAUAAAUUUGAGAAGCAACAUCUGUUUUGCAUUUACGAGGAACUCCUCCAAUUUUCCAAAUCCUGGUUUCUCUUCUUCCUCAACAAACCUGCCAACCAACCAAAAGGAUACACUCAAUCAAAAACUCAAUCCCACUCACUGCAACACUCACUCUCUCCACUCCACAAAUGAAAACGAAAUCUUGAUUCUAGACCAGAAGAAUAGAUACGCCAAGUCUUUUCAAUCUCACCUGCACUGUUUGAUCCUCUCUCUUGCCUAUCAGAAGGCCGAACAAUGAGAACAGAAAUCAGGAAGAUCUCCAGGUCUGCUUGGCCUAAAGUAGUUGCGAGGAAAUGGCUAAAUAUUCAAAGCGGAGCAGACGAGUUUCAUUCCGAUUAUUGCAUAACGGACAGAACCGCGACCAGGAAGAGCUGUCGAGACGAGGACUACUUUGUUUUCGUACCGGAAGAUUUUUCAGAAGAGUGGUUGACGGAGGCCGGCGACGGAGUUAAACGGUCAAAAAUGGAGCCCGAAGCACCUACUCCCACUGAUACUCUUAAUCUCAGGAUGUUUGUGGGUACAUGGAAUGUUGGAGGGAAGUCUCCCCACGAGGGUCUCAACUUGAGAGAUUGGCUGAAGUCACCUGCUCCUGCUGACAUUUAUGUUCUUGGGUUCCAGGAAAUUGUACCCCUGAAUGCAGGGAACGUACUUGGGGCAGAGGACAAUGGCCCAGCUGUCAAGUGGCUUUCCUUAAUUCGACAAGCGCUUCACAGCAGCAAGAAUGACCAAGAAUUUUCUCACUAUUACAAACAUGUCACUGAUGCUAAAGUUUCAUCUUCACCACAACCUGAUCAACAAGCUUGCAUCAAACCUAGAGUCAGCUUCUCUGACCUGCUCUCAUUAGAAGAUGAGCUUGGGAAUGAGGAUUUUGAAAGAUUACUAAAUCUGAAUUCAAAUUUAAGCUCAGCUGAAGAAGGCUCUCCUAGUCCGACUUACAUGUCUAGAGGCAGUCCAAUGAGGCGGCAUUACUGCCUAGCAGCUAGCAAGCAAAUGGUUGGAAUCUUCUUAUGCGUGUGGGUUCGAUCAGACCUCUACAAACAUAUUAGUAAUUUGAAGGUCUCAUGUGUUGGUCGUGGCAUUAUGGGUUACCUCGGCAACAAGGGCUCAGUUUCGAUUAGUAUGACGUUGCACCAGACAACAUUCUGCUUUGUUUGCACACACUUGACUUCUGGGGAGAAAGAAGGCGACGAGGUCAGAAGGAAUUCAGAUGUCACUGAAAUAUUAAAGAAAACCAGGUUUUUUCAUUCAUGUAGAGAUCUUGGUCAACCUCCUCCACCUGAGAGUAUAUUAGAUCACGACAAGGUUAUUUGGCUUGGAGAUUUGAAUUAUCGUCUUGCAGCAGGCUGUGGAGACACACAUGAACUUCUAAAGAAGAACAACUGGCAAGCACUUUUAGAGAAAGAUCAGCUAAAGAUAGAGCAAAGAGCUGGUCGAGUUUUCAAAGGAUGGGAAGAAGGGAGGAUAUAUUUCCCUCCAACGUACAAGUACCUUACCAAUUCAGAUCAUUAUGUCGUCCAAACCUCAAAAUCUAAAGAAAAACGUCGUACUCCUGCUUGGUGUGACCGCAUCUUGUGGAAAGGUGAAGGUCUUAAACAGAUGUGGUAUGUGAGAGGAGAGUCAAGAUUCUCAGAUCAUAGAUCUGUUCAUUCUCUGUUCUCUGUCCAAGUCAUCCUGUCACAUUCAAACACGAGCCAAAAAGCAAGAAGAUGUUCAACAAGUUCAGUUUUGCAAUCUGCUUGUGCAGCAAAAGUCCAAGCAGAGGAACUCUUGAUAAUUCCCAGGGAACAAAGCUGCAUAGACACAACCCCCAGGUUAUGAUCAUAACUAUAGUGUAAUCUAAACUUUCAUUUUGUAAAGUAGUAUUCCAAGCACCGCUGGACGCUUCCUCCGUCACCGGCAUUUUUACGGUAUGGGAUGGGAUGGCGUGCAUUGCAGUGUCUGUGAUGGUUACAGUUUUCAUAGCCCAACCAGUUCACUUUUUGUUGUUUUAUCAAUAGAAAAUGAUCAAAUGUAAAGAGAAUAGCUACUUCUAUUGUACUAAAAAAAGUGGGGAAAAAUAUAUUGAAGGGGGGCUUUGAAAUUUUGAAUUGUAAAUAUGUAAGAUUAGAGAAAAGAACACAUCCGAUUAGGUUAUACAAGUUAGAUGUGUGAUGUUGAUUUGCUUGUUACUCUUAGAAAUUUUUUUUUUAUUAAAGUGUAAAUUAGAUAUUGCAAAUCUCUUAAACAGGAAAUGUGAUUUUAGACGUAAUGUUUGGUGGAAAAUUUCCAUUUUUCUAAAUAAAUAGUUUUCCUUUCACACUGGACAGCUGAGAUAAUAUGAUUGCGAUCAAAAGCUUGUCCUCUGAGUUGAAGUUAAUUUCUCUCUUUCCAAACGCGCCACAAAAGGUAGACCAGACCAUCAAAGAUAAAUUGUUGACAUGAUCACUGCUGUCCUCAAGAUGCGAGUUAAUCUCUUCCCAGCAAUCUAAGGGAGAGACUCCCCGCAAAACUUGCAUCCUUCGGCUGCUUGAGUUGAUAAUACUAUGAAUUCGAGUAUUUGCAGGGAGUUUGUCUUGUAGAAGAGGCAAUUUCCAAAACUCUUACCAAAGUUUUUCAUUGGCAUGUCCAAAAGACGGAUCUAGGCUACUUGAUUCUGAAAUUUGAAUGCAUGUAAGCUUACAAGCCAACUAGGAUCUGGAUUUUAGAGUAUCUGCCCGAGUUGGUGAAGUGCCAAACAAUCUUCUCGGCUAAAAGCUGAAGUAAGGAAUUGACAAGAUAAUUGGAUUUCUUCCUCACAAAAGACGUCUCAAUUUGCUAACAUUCCACCAUCAUCAUUGAUCAUCAAUGAGUUCAGAAUCCCUGAUUACAGUAGAAUAUGCGUCAAUUCGGUUGUGU